UUUUACACCGGUUGCAAAGACUAAGCACUCUAAGGACUUUUGAACUUAUAUAUAAUUAUAGGAAGAUCAUUCGAAAUCGGCAGUGAGAUUGGGUGUACACUUAAAGUAUUAAAUCUUUAUACGAUGUAUUCAAGAUUUGGAGUGGUAUUUCUUCUUAUAUUCACAGCCGCUAGAUGUUUCGGACUACAGCCCAACGCUGCCUUUGAUAGCGAUAAGCUUCGCGAAGACAUAAAGAAAUCGUUCCAUAAGGGAUACGAAGCUGCUCUUGCUGACAGCAAAAAGGCGAAUAGCAAUGAAAAGAGAUAUGACAUUGAAACAUUGAAUCAAGCCGCAAGAAAUCGAAAUCCAUUUUUAAGUAGUUUUGGUGGUGAUCCUUACGGCAUGGGAAGUACGAUGCUCUCGAAACAAAGACUUACGUUUGGAAGAAAGAAAAGAUCAAUUGUGUCAAAGAGCAAACGAUAUGCGGGAGCAUCGCAGAACGCGCUGAAAGAGGCUUACACGUCUGGUUAUAAAGCUGGUAAAGAAAUGCUUGCCAAAAUACACAGAGAAAAUACGAAUACCGAAAAAAAAUUUACGAUUGAAAAACUGAAUAGUGCUGCUCGUCACCGAAAUGUCUAUUUAGAUGCAGUUGGAGGUGAUCCUUAUGGUGGCAGCAGCGUGGUUGCAUCACAACAACACAUCAAUUGGAAUCGAGGAAAACGAUCCGUCAACUAACUUGAACAAAGGAUACCAAUGGUUGGAAAAUGUAGAUUCUUAUCCAGUCUCUUAUUUGGAAUUAUACGCGCCAUGCAUACAAGAUUUCUGCAUGUCCAUGACCAUGAUACUAAUGCAAAAGACCAUUUUUGGUAUUUUCAGACAAACGCAAUUUAUUUAAACAUAACUUCCUAAUGUAUUGCGGUACUCUACAUUGAUUUAGAUCUAUGCAAAUUUAGAGUAACACAAUCCAUUCUUGCAUCGCAUUGCUGGAUUUGCCGAACAUUGGCCACAAAUUAAAAUUUUGCCACAAAUUAACAUAAUAUUAUAUAUGCCGCAAAUAUAGUAUACUCGAAAAAA